AUGGCAGACGUAGAAAAUUUUUUCAAACUUAUAUCACUAUCACUAAUAAAAUAUGAGGAUCCUAGAACGAAAGACUGGUUUCUGGUACAAAGUUUUUCACCUGUACUGAUAAUUUGCUUGGUGUAUUUGUUUAUUGUAAAAAUUUUAGUACCAAAAUUAGUGGAAAAAAGAAAACCCGUCGAACUGAAAAAGACUCUUAUAGUAUACAACUUUUUUCAAAUAGGUUUUAGUUGUUGGUUGUUUUAUGGGUUUGCCUCAAAUGGUUGGUUAUCAGGAGAUUAUAGCUUUGUGUGUCAACCUAUCGAUGUUUCGUCUACCCCAAAAGCAAUGCAAAUGGCUGCAUUUACCUGGUGGUACUACAUGUCCAAACUAACGGAAUUAGUUGAAACGAUUUUUUUCAUUUUGAGAAAAAAAUUUAAGCAAGUUAAUUUUUUGCACGUGUACCACCACACCAUCAUGAUUGUGUCUGGAUACGUGGCUACUAAAUAUUAUCCAACCGGCCAUGGAACUUUUGCUGGUUUAGUCAACACGUUUAUUCAUAUCGUAAUGUACAGUUACUACCUACUGAGUGCCUUUGGACCAAAUGUACAGAAAUAUUUAUGGUGGAAGAAGUAUAUAACAACUCUACAGUUGGUUCAAUUUGUUAUUGUGACAACGCACGACCUGUUGUUGGUUACUAGUCAUUGCCAGUUUCCUCGAAUUUUUGCUUGGUACAUGAUACUAUUAUCUCUUAGUUUCUAUGUGCUCUUCAGAAACUUUUAUAACCAAACUUACCGAGAGAAAAGAGUCGAGAAAGACUAUUAA